AUGUUAGAUUUAGUAGAAAACAUUGCAACAGACAGACUAAAUAGUGAUAAAUUAUAGAAAACUAACAGUAAGGAAGAAAAAAGGAAAAAAAUUAAGGAAAUCCUAAAGCAAAAGUUGAAUAUCAGUAAUAUUCAGGAUGUAGUACUUGGAAGAAGAUAAUCUUUUGAUGAGGAAGAGUUCAGAUUAGAUAUAGAAAAUAUGUAGGAGGACUUUUAAGGGAAUAAUCUUGAGAAAAUAAAAUUCGGUGACCUUUACAAAUUUAAGGGAAUUCUUGGAGUAGGAGUGUUUGGAGUAGUAGUAUUAGUGACGAAGAUUGAAAAUAAUGAACAAAGAGCACUUAAGAUCAUAUACAAAUCAAGGCUAGAUAUAGAAGAGACUAAUGUAAUUAAGACUGAAAGUGAAAUACUAUGGAGAUUAAGAGAUAAGCUAAAUGUAGUGCAGUUCUAUCAAGUAAUCAAAUAUCAAUAUCAAUCAUUUAUUAAUAGAUAAAUGGAAAAUAUUGCAGGAGGGUAACUUAAAAGGAUUUAUGAUAAGAGAUUAUUUGCAGCAAAGAAAUAAGACUAUUUCAGAUAGAAAUUUUAUGAACUUCGUAGCUAAGAUGAUGAGCCUUUGCCCGAUGAAGCUUAUGAGAGCAAAAUCUACUUGAGGGAACCAUUGUUCACAGAUGAGGAAGCAGCUAAAAUCAUUAAAGGGGUAAUAAAUGGGCUGGUAAAUGUUCAUGAAUACGAUAUUAUACACAGAGAUAUCAAACCUGAAAAUAUAUUACUCAUGAAUUAAAAUGAAAUAGAAACUUCUGAUAUAAAAUUAGUCGACUUUGGAUUGAGUGCAAAAUUUAAAGCUAAUUAAAGAUGCUAAAUAGAUGAUAGAAUAGGAACCUUAUUAUACAUGGCGCCUGAGUAAAUCUCGAUUUAAACUUAUGGAAAGGUAAAUAGUAACAACAAUAGAGCCAGAGAAAUGGUACUACCCACCAUAAAUAUCAAUAGAUAUGAUGCAAAGAGAGCUCUUUAGCAUCCUUGGAUCACAAGAAACUCAAAUGAUAAAAUACCUCUCACUAGAACUGAGGAGAUGCAAUAAUACAACAUUCAUACUCUUUUAUCUAAAGUCAUAAAAGCAGCAACAUUCCUAUAAAUUUGCAAAUAAAACAAUGAGCCUGGCCAAUAAAACGUAAAUAGAAAGCUUAAUUUUUUCAAUGAUAAUUCAAUGGAACUUUCUGAUGUGCAACCUAAUGACUCUCAUUUUGCAUUUUUAUCUAAUGCAUAAGAUGCCUCCUAUAUUAAGAAGCUGAAAAAUGAAAUAUAUAAAUGCUCAGAAGAGAAUAUAGACUAUCAUUCUUUUAGUUUGGGGUCGUUUCUAGAGAAUCAGGAUAACACAGCUAUCACAGAGGCUUCUAAGAGAAAUAGUGAUGUACCUAAAACAUUUUUGCCAUAAAUUCAAAGCAAGUUUUCUUAAAGAGAAGAUUCUAGGGAAUUCUCUAUUAAGAAGACAAAUACUAAAAAAGAGAUAUUCGGUGUAAUAUAAAGAGAAAGAGAAAAAAUUAGCUCUUAUCAAAACAGUGGUUAAAAGGCAAGUAAUGAGGCAUAUUUUUAGAGUAAGAUGACUUCACCUAGUCCAGCUUUGAGAAAAGAUGCUACUUAAAAGAUAAAUUACUAUAUGAAUAGCUAAUCAAUGAAGAAGAAGCCUUCUCAGAUCCUAAUGAUUCCUGGAAUGAAGCCAAAUCAUGAGAAAUUGCCAGAAGAAACAUUACAUUCUUUGGGAUAAAAAUAGUCUGAGGAAAAACUUUUUAAUAGAUAUCAAAUCUCUAAAAACGCCUAUAAAUCAGAAUUUAAUCUCACAUCUAACUAAUAAGAUGAAUUGGUCAGAAAUUUUCCAUCAGAAAGUCCUUAACUAGGAUCUAGCAAAGGGAAAUUUAAUUUAAAGAGGCCUCGAGAUUAAAAUUCCCCAAUCAUUGAAAAUACGGUAAGACUUUAGUAAAACAACUUUACAUAAGCAUUUGAAUAAAAAUAAAUUCUGCCCAAUUAAAAUCCUACAAAUCUUUAAAUCAAACUUGCAAAGUGCAAUACUUAAACAAAGGAGAAUCCUUCAUCUAAUAGCUAACUACUGAUGAGAACAUAAACAUUAAAUCAAAAUAGAUAUUUGGAAAAGGCUGAAAAACAUAGCAAAUAUAAUCAUAAGCAAGCUAUAUCUGAAAUUAUUGAAUUUCAAUAGGCAAAGCAAUUAAGCAUGCCCCCUAUUUACAAUCAACCAAAUUAGUUAUAAAAUUCUUCGAAUAACACUUAAAUGAACAGUAAAUUUCACUUGAAUUAAAACAAUAAUCAUUAAUAUCAAUAAAGUGCACUUUCUAAAAUCAAAGCAUCCAGAAAUAACUAGCAUAGUGUCACUGACUCAAACAGACAAUAUGAAGACGAGUAGCCUUAAUAGAGAAAGAUUCCUUAAGCUCAUAGUGGAAAGUAUUCGGUUUGUAAUAGCAAUGAACUUAAUCAAUAAUUAUUUACUUAACUCUAAUAAAAGCAGAGAAGGUUGACUUACAUUGAUGCUAAUAAAAUUUAACUUAUUUAAACUCCUGAAAUGACGAAACAAACAAGCUUUAAAAGGUAGAAAGAGUAAUAGUGA